AUGUCGGAUGGUGAUUUGGAUGCCUUACGCGCACAGCGCAUGUCCCAAAUGCAGUCGCAAUUUGGCGGCGGCGGAAACGAUGCGGAAAAGCAACAAGCACAACAGGAACAGAUGCGCGCCCAGGAGGAGAUGAAGCACUCGAUACUGUCUCAAGUUCUGGACCAACAGGCCAGGGCGCGUCUGAACACCCUUAAAGUGAGCAAGCCGGAGAAGGCACAAAUGUUCGAGAACAUGGUUAUCCGCAUGGCGCAGAUGGGUCAGGUGCGUGGAAAACUCGAUGACGCCCAGUUCGUGAGCAUCCUUGAGAGCGUCAAUGCCCAGAUGCCACAGAGCAAGUCCACCGUAAAGUACGAUCGCCGUAGGGCAGCCAUCGACAGCGACGACGACGACGACUACGGCUGCUGAUUAGGUCGCAAUGCAGCUCAUAAUUUAAGUUCCCUCUGUUCUACGCAUCCGCUAAAUAAUUUUUAUUAAUUUUACUAACUUAAAAACGAGAAAAAAAGAAUUCAACAUGCACGCAUGCGAUUUGAUUUUGUUGUGUCAAAUGCCGGAUAUUAAAGCGGAUGUGGAAUUUCUCGCCCAGCGUA